GUCCUGAUGCUGGUCAUAGAUCCAAGAUGGCGCCUUCCCUGGUGGAGCAUGUUGUCGCAGACGCAGGAGCGUUUUUAAAGAAAGCUCCUCUACAGGAGAUCGGCAGGAACAUCUACACACUGAGAGAUGUGGUGGACGAGAUCAGAGACAAACCAACCAGGAGGAGUCUGGCCUUCCUGCCGUACCAGCUCAACUUCAAAGAACCGCAUCCUGAACACAUCAGACUGGUGACGGAGUUCUCCAAGAAGACCGGAGACUACCCGAGUCUGUCGGCCACCGACAUCAAAGUCUUGGCUCUGACGUAUCAGCUGGAGCUGGAACACGUCGGCUCCAAACACCUGAAGAAAGAGCCGGAGAUCAAGGUGAACGUUCAGAGCACACAGCGCCACCCAGAGACUCCUGUUAAUGUUGCAGGAUUCCACUUCCCCUCCAAGAAACGUGUGGACAGUGUGGACAGUGUGGACAUCCCACAGACUCAGAGAGAGACAGAGACGUCAAACAGUGACGAGUUCAACAGCUUCCUGUUCUGGAGAGAGCCGCUGCCGUCCAUCGACAGCGACCUGCUGGAUUUACUGGACCCUGUCGAGGCUCUGAAUUCAGCAAACACACAGAAACAGACGGACACACAGAAACAGACGGACACACAGAAACAGACGGACACACAGAAGUCUGCUGUGACGGCCGACAGUGACGAGUUCAACAACUUCCACUUCUGGAGAGAGCCGCUGCCGCCCAUCGACGACAGCCUGCUGGAUUUACUGAAAGUGGACGACGUCUCCACAACAGAGAGCAGGUUGGACACAUCACCGCAGAUGCAGGAGUCAGAGGACCAAUCAGACGACGCGGACAAAGAGAACGAGCCUGAAGACGAAGAUGAGGAGGAUGAUGAUGAUGGAGGAGGAUGGAUCACUCCCAGUAACAUCAAACAGGUGAAGAUGGACUCAGCUGAUGGGACGGCUCCUGCUGACGUCAAAGUCGGAUGUCUGACCACUGACUUCGCCAUGCAGAACGUUCUCAUUCAGAUCGGACUUCAUGUUCUGUCUGUUAACGGGAUGCUGAUCAAACAGGCGAGGAACUACAUCCUGAGGUGUCACGCCUGCUUCAAGACGACGAGCAACAUGAACAAAGUGUUCUGUCCUCACUGUGGGAACCAGACACUGAAGAAAGUGGCCGUGACCAUCAAUCAGGACGGCAGCAAGCAGAUGCACUUCUCCAAAAACCCCAAAGUGCUGAACCCCAAAGGGCUGAGGCACUCUCUGCCGCUGCCUCAAGGAGGGAAACACAGUUCCAACCCUCAGCUGGUGGAGGACCAGCGUUUCCCUCAGCAGAGACUCUCCCGUAAAGCUCGUCAGAAGACGGACGUCUUCAACCCCGACUACGUGGCCGGAGCAUCGCCUUUCUGCCAGAACGACGUCUACAGUCGAGCAGCCAACCUGCAGAUCAGAGACAGCCAGUGUGGCGGCGGCAGGAGGCGAGCCAACCCCAACGCCACACGCAGCAAGUUCAUCAAGAAGAAGUGAAGAGCUGAAGGACGUGUGGACUCAUGACAUCAUCAUCAUCACAGGUGUUUGAUGUUAAACUAAAGGAACAUACAGGAGCUUCAGUGUAUCUGAGUCCCACAUGAUGAAGGUACAGAACACAGAAACUGUGGAAUGGUCCUUUAAAUACAAAACCAGCAGAUUCUCUCUUUAAUAAGUUAUCAUGUUAUCAAAUCCCCUCUGAGUGUGUUUCAAUAUUAUCUUUAUAUUCUGCCCAAUAAAUGUUCAAACUUCA